UUUAUUUGGCUGUUUUAUACUUACAAAAACAGAGUUUUAUAAUUUCUCCGAAAGUCAGGCAACAGUCGGAGAGGAGGAGCCUGGAGUCCGCUCUGCUCUGGGCUGCACCACCUCUCUCUGCGUAUGUUGCGCAGCUGAUUGUCAGCCGGCGCGCGCAGGAGAGCUACGCAGGCUGUGAUACAUAAGCAGAGAGAGGCGGUGUGGCCCGGAGCAGAACGAACUCCAGACUCUGCCUCUCUGACUGUUGCCUGACUGCCGAAGCAAUUAUAAAACUGUGUUUUUGUAAGUAUAAAACAGUCGAAUUUACUGAUAAAGGUAUGCCAAGAAUAUGUUUGUGAAGCUGUAGUGCACUGUGUGUGUGCAGCUUAACAAGCAUAUUCUUGGUGACAGUUGCACUUUAAGAAAAAAUAUUCAUAGUGAUUACAUAUCCCGAAAGGAAAAGCGACAUUCUGAGCAUUUUCUUUUGAAGGAACAAAUCAAUGUACAACAUGUAAAUGGAGUUAAUGUUAUAAAGUAUUCCAACAUAUUGAACUGAUCAUUUUAAACAACUGAAAUAAAGAAUUCUAACAUAUUAUUUGUGUUUGAACAUAUCCACAGAACUAAAAAAAGAAAUCAUCAAAGACUCUGCAAAGUGCAAGAUGUCAGACUGGAAGAAAUCCUGGUGCCUGGACCAGAUGAAGAAGAAAAGAAAAGGAAAGAUAACAGAGAAGACAUCACUCAGAAGGCCUUCAAGGAUUUAACACCCCUAGAACCAGGGGUAGAGGUGGAAGAUGAUCCCCAAGGAACCCAACCAAAUUCUUUAUCAAACAGCCCUAGGGGCUAAGGACUAAGAAAACUGGAUAUGGACAUUACAUGAAUGUAGGAGUGAAAGAACAAGCGCUCCACAGGGUAUCCAGUGACCAUGCCCCUCCUCCUCCCAGGAUUCCAGCUGCCUGCCUUACCUUCCUAUCUGACACAUGAGGAAUUUGUAACCUUUUCUCAGUCCCUUGCAGCCCAUAGACCAGACAAGAAAUCUCUACAAAGAUGAACUGGAAACAAGUCUUAUUUCUGGCAGUCGCUACAACACUGGUGCUACUUGCAGUUUUUCAGGUGAGUGACGGUGCUGCAGUACGAAACAGUGAUGAUGGGGCAGCAGACAAGAAGAAAGAAAGCUUGAAGAAGAUUUUCAUGCAGGAAUCCGAGGCCUCAAACUUCUUCAAGAAACGUGGCAAGAGAUCAACUAAAUCCCAGGAUGAAAUAAAUGCUGAGAAUCGCCAAAGACUGGCAGCAGAUGAACGUAGGAGAGAGUACUAUGAGGAACAGAGAAAUGAGUAUGAGAACUUUGUUGAAGAAGAGCAGGAUGAACAAGAAGAGCGCACUCGAGAGCAAGUUGAACAGUGGCGCCAGUGGCAUUAUGAUGGACUCUCUCCUUCCUACCUUUACCAACGUCAAAACAUUUAAGAUCUAUAGAAUUAAUGUAUAUAGAACAAUUUUAAUAACUCAGUAAAAAGUUCUGCUAUAGCUCAGCAGUACUAAUAGCCAAAGACCAUAUGUUGUAUAAUCUUUACUGGUUUAUUUGUAGGCCAUGUGUUGCUUAUAUGCAGAUUAUCUUGUUGUAAAAUUUGUUCCUUCUCUGCUCUUUUGCAAGAAAACUUUUGAAAACGGUUAAAAGCCUUCUGGCGUCGUUGAACACAGUAGAGGAAGACAUAGUAUUUGUGUGUGGGUGGGAGUUUAAAGGCAACGUUUAAA